CAAAAAGAUUAGUGUUGCUGAAUUUAUUAUUUCCAGGAGAGGAACUCCAAGCAUCAUCCUAUCUGACAACGUCAUCACGUUCAAGGAAGCACAUCUUCUUCUGGAAGAGUUACGGGAACCUCAACAGAGUCAUCAGGAAAUGCGAGAAUGGAUAGCAGAUCAUCAUAUUACAUGGCAUUUCAUAACGCCAUUGAGCUCCUGGAGGGGGGUUAUUAUGAGCGGAUGGUGGGCUCGAUGAAG